AUGCAGGGUUCCUUAGCAUAAAAAAAACUUCUUAUUACUUCUAAGAACUACAAUUAGGCUAUUUAAAUCAAAGAUGCUUCAGUCAUCAUCAAUUCAGAAGCAUAAAUGAGUUAAAUUACUGAAAACGAAGAACAAUUAUUUAUUUUAUACUAAGUAGAAGAUGACAUGGAUAUGACAAAAAUUUAUUAUUAUAUUUUAAACAUAAGAAGCGAAUUGUUAUUAACAGUCAAAGACAAUAAAGUUGUCUAAACAUCUUAUUCGAAUUCAAAUGAAUAAAAAUUUUAAUUCAUAGAGCUGCCUAAUGGUUGCUACAUAAUUUAACAAAAGGGAUCUGACAAAGUUCUUGAAGUUAUUCAAUCCUAAUAGUCUGAUGGUAUGAGUUUAACAGCAAAUCAUUUCUCGUAUGGAUAUGGUAAUUAAUUGUUUACACUUAAGGAGAGCUUUAGAAUGUUUGAUAUGAAUCAAGAUAGAUUCUUAGUCAAUGACAUUUGCUAAUAGGCAAAAUACUAGUUGGUACCAAACAUUCCAAUUAACAUUAAAUGUGCCCACAGCAAUCUUUAUUUUGAUGUCUUUGAGCACUCUAAAAUAAAAAAUGGACCUAUAGUUUAAUGGAGCUAAAACAAUAAAAACAACUAAAAAUUCGUUUUAGAAAAAAUAGAAAUAGAACAAACAAUAGAAAAAUUAAUUUAAUCAAAUACUUAAGGUAAAUAACUUAACCAUAACUCCUUCAAAUAAAGUAAUACUUUGCUUUAGACAAAAAAUUCUCUAGUUGUUAAUGAGCCUAAUUACCUUGAAGGUGUUUACUAUGUAAGAUGUGUAGAAAGCAAUUUAUAUCUAACAAUUUAAGAUGAGCGUUUAAGCGAUGGUGGUAAACUAGUUCAAGAUGAGUUAAAACCAUUUAGUAAAAAUCACCAUUAAAGAUUUUUAUUUCAAAUUCUAAUAAAUGGUAAUUUCCAUAUUAAGCCAUAUCAUUCUAAAAAGUAUUUAGACAUUGAAGGAGAAUCUUAUAAUUGUGGAGCUAGUGUGAUUUAAUUCCAUAAAAACUGCUAAUUUAACUAGCAAUUUAGUGUUAUUUACUUAUGA